AUUAUGGGCGGAAUGUUUGGCUCGUCUAGGUCACCUGCCUUGGAGCUGUUGUUACCAUUUCGUUACUAAUCACCAUGCUAUAUUAAUCACUGUACCUCUUUACAAGUGAUCUAGAAAAUCUUGCAUAUUUUUGUCGACAUGCCUGCGUUGAUUUUCUUGGGUAGGACGUGGGCUUUUGCGUCUGAUGACUUUGUUUGUACUGGUGUUGUUAACUUUUUAUUGAGGAUUUUGUGUGCUUUCAUCAUGGUUAUGCCUCUCACGUUAGCCAGCGACCCAACUGUUUGUCUUCCAAAUGUAAUAGACAAGGUUUUCUGUGUGCUUAUGUUUCUUGUAAUAGGAGCUUUACUGGUUUUUGACACAGCGUUAUCAUAUUCAAGCAGCAAGGGUGGUGUGAUGGAAACCAGUUUACGUUCGUCUGUCCCUUUUUACCUCGGGGCCGUUUGCGUAUUUUCCCUUAUAUCGUCAGUGCUUCAUUGUGUUAACUUGUAUCUAGUUGUCAAUAGGCACACAUUAUGUGACAAACAGGUUGUUGAUUGUUAUAUAGCAGGAAAUUCCAUUGGGGUAGCCCAUGUAAUUGGUUUCUACUUUUUUCUAAUGUUACACUAUCGUAAGACUGGUGCCUUUUGGAGCCGAUUGACUAAUGACCCUACUGUAUUCAAGCAGGGUUGUCUGAAUCCAAAUGUUAAUCUUUCCACGAAGCAGUUAGUGAUGCUUAAGCGAAGAAAGGCUGUUCAACGGAAGUUGGAAAGUUUACGGGCGUUUCGUCGUUUACCUUUUUGUAAAACUGAUGGAUCAAAAAUGCAAACUGAUGAAACAAUAAUAACUUCCGCCGCGGCUUUGUUUUCAGAUAUAUUUUACGAUGUAGACUUAGUCGCAAGUGAUAUAGUUGCAGGCCUCUUUCUUCUACGAUGGCAGACUAAACAGUGGGUUGGUACCGGUCAUCGUAUCCCUUUAAGCUUAAUACAUCGAGAUACUUCUCCUUCGGAUUUAAACGUUCAUAUCUCGGUGAAAGGUGAUCAGAUUCCGGAUCCAUGGCUGGAUGUUCAAAGAAUAUAUAGAAUUGCCGAAUUAGUAACUGCAGUCUACGGAAAGUUAUUAUAUUAUAGCAUGAAUCUUGGUAAACCAGGUGCCACUUGUAGAUUGCUUCGUCACUUACCUUGUUGUUUAAAUUCUUUUAAUCCUGUAUCAUCUGGAAAUACAAAACUUAGUUGUUGUAUAUGCUCAAAAUACACAUGUGAUCUGGCAGCAAUACUCGAAUUCACUUGUUUAAGAGAAGAUCAGUUUAUCAAACUAUCUUAUGAUAAUUCAGUUUACCAAUCUCCUUACUUUGUAGCAGUCGAUGAUUUUAGUAAGUGUAUUGUUAUCUCUAUCCGUGGUACACUGUCAUUUGAUGACACUAUAGUCGACUUGCUGUACGACGGUGUACGAUUGAGUGAAGUUGAAACUUUUGUCGAAUCAAAAACGGGUAGACGACCAUGUUUUAUUGGACAUCGUGGUAUGGUUGAACGAUCAAGACAUUUAUAUGAUUGUUUACUAACUGAUAAAUCAAUUGAAACAGCAUUUAGUAAAAAACCACAAUAUAAAUUGGUGGUAUGUGGUCAUAGUCUGGGUGCUGGAAUUGCAUCUUUUCUUUCAGUCAUCCUACACUGUAAAUAUCCUGAUGUGAAAGGUUAUGCUUUCAGUGCACCUUUGGGUAUGAUGAAUCAAGAACUAGCCGAUUAUUGUAAACCUUUCCUACUAUCCAUCAUCUAUGGAUAUGACAUUUUUGCACGUAUGAAUAAAUCAACGAUAUCGGAUUUCAAGUGGAGACUAAUUGAUGCUCUAUCUGCUUGUAAGGUACCCAAGCAUCGUCUUUUAAGUCGAGGAUUAUAUGUAUGCAUGCGUCGUUGUUUGUUUAAAUGGUGUUUACCUCAAUGUUUUCAACCAGGAUCUUCAACAACUGUUGGUAGUGAUACUCUACUACUGGAUGCAAGUACUCAAGAGCGUUUAAUUUAUUCCAUUCCACAACUUCCGUGUGAUAAUGAUGAAAUGCAAAUUCAUUUCUCGGUAGAUGACGAUACUUCCGAUUCAGGUUCCACACGUGCUUAUCGUACUGCACGAUCCAGUCGUUUUCGUCCUGGUCCACGUUCAAUUUUGUGCUGGAUCAAUCCUAAUAGUCUUCCAACAGGUUCUCAAUCUAAAAUGCCUGUUUCACAUAUUCAAUACCGAAACAAUAGCAAUACUGAAAUAAAUCCAUACUCUUCAAAUGAAAUUCAGUCGUGUGAUCUUGAAUCAUAUGAUCUAUCCAACAGUGUGUUUGGUGGUUUAGUGCUUCAUUUAGUUGAUGUUACUGUUGAUACAGUUGUCGAUGACAGUCCUACUGGUUUCGUAAUGGAUGAAGAUAAUUCUCAAGGAUAUAUCGAACGCACUUCAUCAAGCUGUAGUUCUAGAUUGGAAAAGAUAUUUACAGCAAAGUCUAGUAAAAUGAGUGCAUGGUACGUUUUUGUAAAUGACUUCUCCUGUAUAUCUGAUUAUAAUUAAAUAAAGUGAUCAUUAUCUCUGAUAGGACUAUCAGUUGUAAUCGUUUACAAGAAAAUUAGUGCACUUGUUAUCGAUUCCCAACAGUCAGUCAGUUCUUUUACAAAAACAAUGCAUCCCAUGUAGGAGGUAAACAUGUGUCCUGCGUUAUCUAAACUUGAUUUCUAUUUUUUAUAGAACGGUUGCAAAUAUCCAUUAUUAUAUAUUUUUUACUAUGAUGGAUCCAAUAUUUGCAGUUGUUUCUUAUGCUAAGGAUCCUAAACCAUGAACGCUUUUAGAAAGUAGAUAGUUUCAAUGUUUACUGUAUGUAUCAGACAAUUUUUCUAUGAUAAAGCAGUUUUUUAUUUUAAACUAUUGAUAAAUUAAACAUUUAAACAUGGAAAAUGAUUAUUUCCAUUUUAUGAAGAAAAUGAAAUGAUUCUCAGUCUAAAACUGAUCUAGAAGAAAUAUUGAAAAAAUUUUUUUUAGCAGAAGUUAAGUACGUCUUCUGUAGUCCUUAACUUUUGUGUCAUCUCUUUCAGCUCAAUUUUAUAGCUUGCAUAGCAAAAAUCACGUGACCACAGACAUUUAUCCGACCAGCAGCCAUGGCGAACGUAAUAUUAAGGUUAAAUGCAUAUUGGUAUCAAGUUCUUAUUGAGAUCAUGAACCGAUCAACGUUGAACCUCUAUUGAAAACCUGGGAGCACUGGAUGGCUGUUUCGUUCUAGUAUGCGAUUCCUCUGCAGUGCUCAUCCACGACCCACGGUAUUUCAUAAAAUUGGUCAAUCAUAUACGACACUAAAUGUAUGUCUGUCUCCUCUCACUAGCUGAUUUCAGUCAGGGUUGCUCGAAUACGCCACUCAUAAAUCUGGAGGCCGUCAGUUUAUCGCAUAACAUCUGGUUAACGUAUCGAUAAACAAAUCAGUAAUAGUUUACUUUGUGGACAAGCCAAUCAGGAUUGAGAAUGUAGCCCUUAGAUUUUCGCACAAAAUCCAGUAAUCUUGUAUAAUAAGCAGUAAAAAUAUCUUUUUAUACCCCUCGAAACUCUUUAAAUGAUAACGAAAAAGUACUUUUCCCCAUUAUAGAGCAAAUAUAUAGUGUUAGUACUUAAUUAUGUCUGUUUAAAUCAUGUAUGACAGGCAAAUUGUAACUGUCAACCCCUAAUCUCGAAACGUGAUGGCGCUGUAUUUCAUGGAAGAACUAAUCAGAUAGCUCCUCACGUAUUUUUGAGUGAAAUUCAGUCGUUUACAUGACCGAAUAGCAUCUUACAUUAUAGUUGUGUCAGUUUGUGAUGAAAACGCAAGGCCUAAACACCUAACCCCAACUAGGAACAAUCUGUCUGGUUCCUUUUAAGGGUUCUAGGAAACGGAAAACCUAUGGAUGAGUUUAUGUGCCGUUGUUCUUUUGAAUCUAAACGAGAUUACAUUGCAGAAAACAUUAAUAGGUAUAUUAUGUGAAAUCUGGGCAAGAUUAUGCUAUACCGAAAACCUUCAGCAAAUUUAUGAGUGACUCUGAGAGUAGCCAAUCAAAAUCAGCUUUCCAGUUUGAGUUUCAGAAUGUAGGAAAACUAUAGGAUUAUAGAGGAUUAAGAGUUUUAAAAUCAUAAAUAAACUUAAUAACGCUAAAUAUCACUAAUUCAAGCUAGAUAUCAUAGUUCUGUUGUCAGGAUACACUCUAAGUCGUAGCCCUACGUUAAUUCAAUUCUAACAACCCUGUGACUCCUAGGUGUCAGAUCCUAAUCCUAAAAUUUCUUACCUUUUGAUCUUAACCCUAAAGCUCCCAAACACCAACACCUAACCUUUACACUCAUAACCCAAACAAACUGACCUUGAUAGUUCAUUCCAUAAGGUAAUCACCAUUCAAUCUUUUCGAAAUAUAAUAAAAAUCACCAGUUUUAUAAUCAAGAUAUCGACAACAGUGUUUUAAAUUCGCACAUCAGUCUGCUUAAUUUUCAUUGAUCCUUAAAAUUCGUCUAUACAGUAUAGUCUUACCACGUCAUAAAAAGUAAGCAUGGUAAGCAACACUGGAAUGAAUAACAUUAGUUCAACCAAGAUAACCUAAAAUAUUUUUUUGUCCUUGCUACAAAGCAUAUCAUAAUAAUACUGUUUAUUUUCAACAUAUUUAUUUAUUUAUUUAAACACA